UGAGGCGAGGGCCGGCGGCGACGGGAGCGGGGCUGUGGCGGCUCCUCAGCCUGGCCUGGAGCUGCCGUGAGAGCCCGUUCCCCCGCAGGAAACUCCCCUGGGCGAGCGGGAUCACCGGGUUUGCCCUCAGGGCUCCCCCGACUCAGCCAGCUCGCUCAUUGUGCGAGCGGGAGCGCCGCGCUGCCCUCAGGCCUCCCCCGCCCUCAGCGGGGACCUUCUCGGCUGUGGUUCGGCGCGACGGGAGGGUUAUUGUCCCUUCUCUGGGGAGUGGAGGCAUCUGGGAUGUGCUUUGGCAGCUUUCAGCUUUUUAAUUCCACGGAGUUGCUCAAAGCGGCAAUUAAGGGGUGAAGGCAGGAAGAGCGAAGCUGGUGACUUGGAGAGGUUGCAGUGGCAGUGAGUUGUGUGGAUUCCUGAGGAGGAGAGGGUGUUGGCACCAUGGAAGUGGAGAAGAGCAGGAGGAGCUGCUUCACCCAGACCUCCUGUUUGGGUGAAGAUUUAGGUGAAGACUCGCAGCUGGAGUAUGUCAGUGCUCAGGAGGAGUAUGAGGAGGAUAAGAACAACUCCAGUGAGUUCUCUGAGCAGGGGCAGGUUGCAGAGGUGGAGGACGUGCCGCUGGCUGGUGACAAGGUGCCAGCCCCGAUCGCAGCAGGGGGAGAAGAGCCUGGGAAGAGCGAAAGACCCACCCAGAGCGUGGCAGUGGAGCCAGACAUCCCUUUCCUGCCCGCCGGUGAGAAGGCCCAGCUCUGCAGACACGCGGAGCCCUCCUAUUUCAGCGGCUGUGAGAAACCUGCGGUGCGCACCCGUGGUGGCAGCGGUGCUGAGAGCACUGCAGGGGGUGCUGGAGCCCCGCUCCCAGCCCCUGAAACCCUCCCCAGCAAGAGCCCUGCUGCCGGCGUGGAAGCUGCGGAGAAAUCCUCUAGUGGGAGCCCCAGUGCUGGGAAUUGGGAGCGUGGUGAAGCCCCGAGGAGCAUUCCCAGUGUCUCUGUGGCUGUGCAGGCUGUGGAUGAUUCCAGAGCUGGCUUCCCAACGAGCAGGAGCAGCAGUGCCCAGGUGAGCCUGUGCUCCAGGGCAGUGAACACAGAGGUAACCAUGAUGAACAAAGCUCGACCCGUGGGGUGGCUGGCUCAAACCUCCGUGGAUGCUGCUUCCAACACAGAGUGGUCCUUCAGAGCUCAGAGCUCACACCUGCAGCAGGAAUCAAAUGGUCAUCUGUGUAUCUGUGACUGGAAGACAGACACCCACAGGCCAGAACAUCCCAGCAAGCAAACUGGGAAGAAUUCUGCAUCAAGCUGCUGUCAGAACGUCCUGCAGAGAGCAGCUGAAGCAGAGCUGCAGCUCCUGGCCAUCCAUUAUGAGAUGUGCUACCAGCACUGCUUGAAGGUUUAUGAGCUGGCUUUGGAGGAAAACACCUAUUUUGGGAGAUGUGAGGAGAAGAAUGAGUUAUAUUCAUCUCUCUUGCUGGUUUUGGAUGAGCUGGACAAUAACUACAGCAGUAUGAGAACAGAAAUAAACAUGGGCAUACCUUUAAAUGAGCUUCCACCACUGUCAGUUGAGCUGAAGUUUUCCCCAAUCUCUUCCUUUUACAUGCCCUCCAAGUUUUUCGGAAAGAGUCUUUUCUCUGAUGAUCUUUCAGGUGAAGGGAAAGCAGACUUGGAAGAACCAAAACAGCAAGAAAAGGGGAUUUCUGCCACUAUGGAGAAGUCACAGGCUGAUGGUGAUCAUCCAGGUGACUCUGCUUCCCCUGGGACAUGGGAAGAACCACCUAAAGAUCAGGCUCUGGAACGUGGCUGUGUAAAAAAUGAGGAAGGGAGUGAGUAUUGGUUUGAUGCUAAGGAAGACUUGUCAGUGGCAGAUAUUUCAGUAAUGUGCAGAGCAACGAAAAAGCAACAAGGAAAACAAGACCCACCUGACUCAAGAGAAGUGAAGACAGUGGGGAGUGGGAAUCAACAUUCUUCUGUUCAGGAUGAUGGCCCAAAACCCUCAGUGCCUGAGGAUCCUGGGGAAAAUUCCCUGCUGAAAACAUCCACUUGUUCUUCUGUUAACCCAUCUGGUGUCUUUGUUUCUCCUUAUGCACUGAACUUGACCAGCUUUACCAAGUUAGUAAAGAGACUGCAAGAAAGGCAUCCAGAGUUUAGCAGAGAUGAAAUUGUGGAGGCUGUGCAGGAGGUGAGGAGAAUCAACAAAGGUGUCCUGAGUGGCUUGGCCAUCAGCUCUAUUGAGGAAAAGACCUCUGCCAUUCUGAGGAGGUCGAUGUGCUGCUCUCAGCAGGAGAAGCACUGAACAAGGUGAAUUUUGCAGCCUAGAGGGGAAUAAACCCACGUGAGUUUGUGCAGCUCUGCAGCCUAGACUAACUUAUCCUGAAGCCCUGCAGGAGGUACCAGGGUGAAUCCCCUGGAGCAGUGUUCCUAAGGACUGGGAGCUGUAAAACGGGCACUGUGUAAGGCUUGGUGUGCCGGUGGUGAAUUCCUGCCCUGCUUGGCUGGUGAGCUUUGUGGAGGGCGCUGUCACACGCGUUUGGCGCAAAGCUGACACCUAACGGCCAGGCUUGUGCAGCCUCUCACAGAAACCCCAGCACGGGCUCAGUUCUGGGUCACAGCGCUGAUGGUUUCUGAUUGGGGGCUGGGAACCUGACAGAACCAGAUUGUGUUCGUAGUUUUCUCACCCUGAUCCCUCGUGCAGGAAGCUGCAGCAAGCUGAAUGUCUAAAACCACAGCCCAAAGUUGCAGGGAUGCGUCUAUCCGUUAUUGGUUUGGUCUCCUACUCAGCUGGGUGCUCUGCUUGCUGCAGGUACCUCCCAGCAGUGCCACUGCCAGGUUUCCUGCAAAAAGGAAAAGUCUUCAUAUUCAUCUGUCUGACUUUCACAGGACUGCACAUAGGGGCAGAAGUUCAUCCCCAAAGAAUUAAAAUCUUAUGCUUGGAAGCAUUUUCAGUCAGUAAGGUUAUAACAGCCUCAAAAUGUGUUGUGCCUUCCUUGUGGAGUGAUUAUUUGGUUUUCCAAUGGUGCGUGGGCUCUGUAGUUCUAAUUGUUUCUAUUACAGUAUUUUUGUCCUGUUGGUUUGUGUGGGAGAUGAUGACUUAUAGUAAUUUUUAUUUUCAUCGCGAGGGAGGUGUGAAAUGGCCAUGUCAUUAGUAAAUAACGGGGAGAAAAAGAAUCCCCAUUUUCCGUAGUGAGGGACAAGUAUGUAAUACAUGUAAGAGGGGGUGAUUCUACUCAAAGCUCACCUGUACGCACUCAGUCUCUUUGUUGUACUUUGUUCUAGAGCCUGCUGCAAUUGCUGCUGCAAGGAGCAACCUUGUUUA